AUGGAUUUAUAUUCGGGUUCUUCAAGUUCGGUUGAUGCAGAAGACAAUGCGUUUUAUCAAGAACUCAUGCGACAGAUAUUGAUGCUUACAGAUGAAGAUGAUGAUGACACAUGUAUGUAUACGAAGGGUGUGGCGGUGAUACGGCGGAGACCGGUGGUUUAUGGUGGUGUUGAAUCAAAGCCGGUGGCUAGGAACUACUGUAGUUGGUCGGAGACCGUAAGAAGUCCAGUCCCUAGUUGGAUGGAAAAUUUGUGGGCUAACGGUGGUGGUGGCACUGUAGUUUUCAUACCUAAUGGUGUUGCCGCCUACGGUGGUGGUGGAAAGAAGUCCUGUAGGAGAAGGUAUAAUAAUAAAGCAAGGAAGAAUAAUGAUAGAGGAAGAAUGUUUUCAGUUGCCGGACAAAAGAUGCAUGGUUGA